CUGGGAAAGUCCGGAGAAGCAGUUAACUUUCAAGUACGUCUGCAAAAGCCAAGGAGGUGAUCACCCCCUCCAGUGCUGCUCCCAGUAUAUCAAAAGGUAAUUGAUCACCGCGCACCCGGGGACACCCAAUUCACAGCAGAGUGGGAGCAGGCAUCAUGAAUAAUCAAAAAGCCGUGGCUGCGCUGCUGCAGGAGUGCAAGCAAGCCCUGGAUGGGCUUUCGUCAGAGGUGUCUGACACACGCGGGGAAGACGAGAGAGAGUACCAGCAGUGCAGAGCUUUGCUCCCCGAUGAUCUAAGGACCCUUAUCGAAGAGGCAAAGGAAAUGAAGUGGCCCUUUGUGCCGGAGAAGUGGCAGUACAAACAAGCCCUAAACCCAGAAGACAAAACAAACCUGCAAGAUAUAAUCGGUCCAAGGCUGCAUGACUUGCUGGUUUAUCUGAAAGCCUCCAUCAUGGUCAAGGACUAUGCAACAGCAGCUGCUAUUGUGUUCCUGACUGACCGAUUCCUAUAUUGGGUUGAUGCCUCCAGCAAACUUCUUCAGAUUGCCAAAGGCCUGCAUAAGCUGCAGCCAGCAACACCAAUUGCCCCUCAGGUGGUUAUUCGCCAAGCUCGCAUCUCUGUCAAUUCAGGUAAACUUUUAAAAGCUGAAUAUAUUCUAAGCAGCCUCAUAAAUGACAAUGGAGCUACAGGUACGUGGCUGUAUCAUAAGGAAAGUGAUAGGAUUCUUGUUCAGUCAGUCUGCUUACAAAUCAGAGGACAGAUUCUGCAAAAGCUUGGAAUGUGGUAUGAAGCAGCAGAAUUGAUUUGGGCCUCUUUGGUGGGCUAUUUAAAACUUCCUCAGCUGGAUAAAAAGGGGAUUGCUACAUCAUUGGGUAUUAUGGCAGACAUCUUUGUUUCCAUGAGUGAGAAAGAUUAUAUUCGUUUUAAAAACACUUCGGAGGUUGAUCUGAGCCUUCUCCAAGAGUCUGACCAUCGCUUACUAUCAGCUGCUGAAGCCUGUAAGCUGGCAGCCACCUACAGCCAGUAUACCCCACUUUUUGUGCUCACAGCAGUGAACAUCCGUGGGGCAUGUUUACUGUCCUAUAGUCACUCCAGUGAAUGUCCUCCAGAGAGGAAAAUGUUCUAUUUGUCCAAAGCUAAGGAAUCCUUUGAGAUUGGCCUUCUCACCAAGAAGGAUAAUGACCCCAUAACCAGCAAGCAAGAGCUUCACAGUUUUAUUAAAGCAGCUUUCUGCCUUACAACUGUGCAUCGACAGCUCUAUGGGGAAAGCGAGAGCCUCUCUGAGGUGAGAUGCCUAUGUACAGAAGCCAUGGAGAAACUGUACAUUUACAUCACUUCAUUUACAGAAGAACAAGACAAAGGAAUGCUUUCCAAGGAGAUCAUGACUCUGAUCAUGUCUGUGAGGGAGCAUUUACAAGUGCAGAGCUUCCCUAAUUCAGAUGCCAGGUCUUACGUUCCAGACAGCUACAAAAGCAGCGUGGAAAAGCCUGUCUUGUGUGGUGAAGUGAACUUUGAGAAACUUCUUGAAAUGCAUUCCCAGCAUCAUAGGUCAGUGUGUGAAGUGUUUGAAAACACUUGCAGGAGCCAUAAAAACCAGCUAGGAGAGUCCAAAGCAGGAGCAUGUAUCACUGCCUUGAAAACAGAAACCAAAAAUAUAGACACGGCGUGUAACACUGAAGAAAGAGGGUGCUGUAGGAAAGACACUGCCAAAGCCUCUGCCUCACAAAAAGCCAGAAGAGGCCAUGAAAGGCUCAGUGGCCAAACAAGAAGGAAAUGGACCGGUUCUGGUGCAAUGAAAGUCUCCCUUAAGGAAGAGAUGGAGAUUGAGCCAUUAAACAGGGAAGCAAAUAAUGAAAGAAACAAGUUGCAAAGCAGAAGUCAAACUACUAGCUCUUUAAAGUCUUGGAGCAAGUUGUCAAAAUCAAGUUCCUCUACCAGCUGGGAGGAGAUAGAUUUUAAUGACAACAGUGAGCUGCCUAGAGAAGGGCAGGAAAGGGAAGAGGGCUCAGUGGAUGAGAAGUGUUGCACAGCCAUGUCUGAAGCUGCUGAGGAAGAUGUUCAGGCUAGUAACCUGUCUUCCAGAACUCAUCAUCUCUCUCUUCAAGAGCCUCAGGGCAGCUGCUCAGGUCCUCCCCAGUGUCCUUUAAAGAAACAUGGACCCUCAGCUAACAGGCUAAAGACUGCUCCCUCAGAUUGUAGAGAAGGGCUCUUCAGGAGGACAGAACAUGAAAGGGAUGCUUCAGAACAGAAAGCAGGGGUGGCCAACAGCAUAGAUUGCCAAAACAGUGCUGUUUCUUUCUUGGAUCCUCACCCUUCUGGUCCCAAAAGAUCUGACAAGGAGGUAGGUUCCUCUUGUUUGACAGAACGAAAAUCCUUCGAAAGGGUUGACCCCUCAGCAGAAACUGAUUCCAGAACCAAGGACAGCAACAGAGAUGCCAGCAUUAUUCACAGUCCUUCUCCCAACAGCAUCAAGAGUGGAAAUGUAAGAGAUGUGGGAAGGUUUAACAGAGUCACAAAACCAUUAUCAAGAAAUAACUAUAUGUGGAUUGACCCAGAAGGAGAAACUGUAGACUCUACAGAGGAUCUAUCAGCUGAGCCACACAUAACUAUAGAUAAGGUGCUUUCUACUAAACCUACAAACAAGCCAGAAAUGGCCAGUGAUUCUUUUGUAGAUGACUGGAUUAAAAAAUCUUCUGCUGCCAUGGCUGGAAAUGGAUCCUUUGAUAUAUCUGAAGUUGAUACCCAGGCAGAUACAGUGGAUGACUGGGAAUUUGCUUGUAGCAAUAGUGGGAGCUCAGUGAACAACUUUCCUGCCAUCAGUGUUUCAAGGCAUCAGGCUAGCCACAGGGAUAAAACUAGGGCUUCAUUAUCAGGGAGGAAGAAAUCAGUAACUGACCACUUCCACGAUUGUGCUACCACUGAGGAGGAUGAAGGUGAAAAUCUCAGGAACGUUCUGAACAGAAGCCACAGUUCAAGUUCCUCUAUGAAAUCAUGGUAUAAAUCAUCUCAGUUUUCCAGCAGUUUCUCUGAAUUAGAGAGUCCAUCAUUUCUGAACUCUAGUGGGAGCUCUUUUGUUUCUGUGCCUGGGAGAAGCAAGGAACAAAUCCUAGAAGCUCACUUUCUGAGGGACGAUGAAUAUGAGAAGCUCUUGUCAGGUGCUGAGCAUAACUGGCUUGUGCAGAGACUGAAAACUACUGGAAUAUUCAAAGCUAAUCAUCUGCAUCAAGCAUAUUCUGCUCUUCUUUUGAAAUACUCUAAGAAAUCUGGUCUGUGGACAGGCCAGGAAACAGCUGUAUAUAUUGGAGACUACCUGAGUGUGGCAAAGGAAGGCAAACAAAGGAGUGCAUUUUGGAUACACUUUCUGCAUCAAGAAGAAACAUUGGGAAGGUAUAUUGGGAAGGAGUAUAAAGAAGAAAAAGGACUGCUUCAUCAUUUCAAUGAUGUGGAACGACAAAUGACUGCUCAGUACUACGUGACAGAAUUCAACAAAAGGCUGUACGAGCAAAAGAUCCCAACACAAAUCUUCUACAUUCCUUCUUCAGUGCUUCUGAUAUUAGAAGACAGGUGCAUAAAAGGUUGUGUGAGCGUGGAGCCCUACAUCCUGGGAGAGUUUGUGAAGCUAUCUAAUAACACAAAAGUAGUAAAGGCAGAAUACAAAGCCACAGAGUAUGGGUUAGCCUAUGGACACUUUUCCUAUGAAUUUUCCAAUGCCGCAGAUGUGGUUGUUGACCUACAAGGUUGGGUGACAGGUAAUGGAAAAGGCCUCAUCUACCUCACAGAUCCCCAGAUUCAUUCGCUUCAUGGGAAAGAUGCUUCACAUUCCACCAACUUUGGGGAAAAAGGCAUUUAUUAUUUCUUCAACAAUCAGCAUGUGGAAUGCAAUGAAAUCUGCCACCGUCUUUCUUUAACAAGGCCAUCAAUAGCAAAACCUACUUAGUCACGUGCAAAGAGUUUGAACCCAGUUGUAAAACACAGAACUUGGCUACCUGAGCCAAAGGAAUACUCCAUUAGCUGGUAGCAAUAGUAGUCUGUACCAGACUGUCAACUAUGGAUGGAAGAGCUGCCAAGGGAGGACAAUAUCCUGUGCAUUACAGAAGCCUGAAGAGCUAGCUCAGUGCCUCAUCUUCCUCUUCCACAGAAAAUCAGAAACUCAGUUGGAAUGAAGAUAAAGGGAAUGCAAGAUCAGGCUCAUAAAGGAAUGAAAUAAUAACUCAAGAAUGCAAAACAAAUUCCUCAACCGUAAGGAAAGUGAUGUGACAAUAACCACAUUUAAGUUACCACUAAGGUCCAGAGACAAAUCCACAGAAUCAAUAGAGAAUAAACUUCCAAUAUUGGGGAGCUUUCUUUCUGUCAUUCCUAAGCCUAAGCCAUGUGCUGCCUACAUAUACAUUCAGAUUUCCCAAGGAAGCAUACAUGAAUUGAAUGCACAGUUUAUCCAGCUUUUUUCCAUGCUAUAUUUAAUUUUGCAAUCUGAUCAGUUUCUCUAUGGAGUGGGGGUAGAGAAGAAGGUAAUCAACAGCGCUCUCUCUUCCUGUACCCAAGCCCCACUUUCUAUCUUUGCUUAUAGAUGUUUGUCCAAGAGGGAGGGGGGAAAUCUUUGUUUAAAAUUACAGUCAAAUUAUAGCUGUGUCAGGAACACUCUUUUUAAUUAUGGUGAUAUGUUGCAAGAUUUAUGUGUUACAUGAAAGAAAGCAAAUGCAAGCCCUUGGGGUUACGCUUUUGUCACACUGGUACUAGUUUGGCUUCUUGUCACUAUUCUUAUGCCAAGGAGGGCAAUAAACCCCUUUGAGAGUCAUAGAACUGCCCGUUGAGUUCUGACAGCGCAGAGAAGCUUUUAUGCCAAAAUACAAUACACAAAGGGCUCAUAAACACAUUUUAAAGGGAAGAUGGCCUCUUUGUCAUGAGGACUUAAGCUUUUAUGGCAAGAUGCUGCUAUGGAAACCAGCCCCCUAUUUUCACUUAUUUUGAAGGGACAGUUUUCCCUUUUACACCCCUUCGUCCUCUAUCUACUCCCAUUUUCACUUGAUGGGCUCAGAGCCUGGUGGUCAGAGGUGCUGAACACCCACAACU